AACAUUUCUAUGAGCCGCUAAUGCAAUUUGUAACUGAUCAGGAUCCAGUUUUACGAAUUUAUCAACAUGGACAACUAACUAAAUUACCUCCCGGCAAACGUGCCUACAAAAUGGUUGAUAAAGUUUAUGAAUGGCAUAAGUUUCUUAAGGAUGUUGCUAUGAAUUUUGAAAUGUUUUUCGCUAAUGAAUUGUUAGAAGCUUUGGAAUCUUUAUCUAAUGAGGAAUUCGGAACAUUUUUUAAUGAUUUAGAGCUAGAGAUUAAUAAAGCAUUAGAAUAUUUUGAGAAAUGGUUCUUAUCUUGGCUUCAUUUGCCACUAGUUGUCUGUCGUUUAGGUGGUAACAAUGCUCAAUCUUUUGCUUCUAGCUUCUACUAUGUGGUUUUAAAAAAACCGUGGAUUAAGUUACCAACAAACUUAGAAUUACAAUUUGUGGCAGAGCUUGAAAAUGAUCUAAAUAAUGGAAUAACUGAUGACUUGGGCCUACGAGAGUUAUUGUUACAAAAUGAAAACUUCUUUAGAGAAUUUGAGCAAUUCUGCGCUGAUGAUAAACCAUUAAUAUACAAUUAUCCAUAUUUAUAUAACUUUGUCAAGACCCGAAUAUAUUUCAUAAUUAUUCAUCAACAACAAGUAGAGGGCCUUUUCAACAAAUUAGAUUUGAAAACCCACCCAAACAUGUCAUUGCCAGUUAAGCAGUCUAAGCUUCAUUUGUCUUCGAUCAACAUUGAUAAAAAAAAUUUAUCGAAAGAACUAAAAGAGAUACGAAAAAACCGAAAAAAUUUUCCAUUACAAGAAAUUAAUACACCACAAUUUGGAUCCAAUAUUGCCUCAGAUCUUUUUAAAGACUUAUUAUGCUAG